AUGACAUCACCACAAGUGAACAAGCUGAAUGAGGUUAAAAUGCUGCAGCUCAUUCUCUUGUUCUUAGCACCCUUCUUCAUUAGAAACUCCCAUCGACAAUCAUUGCCCUCUAUGUCCAUUUUUUCAUGCGGCCUCAGCUCCAAAUCCAAAUCCAUCUCAUGGACAGGACCAAUAGCCAAAAAGGGAGAGCUGGCGACGGCCUCCGAGAUGCUUCCCUGGGAGGUCAGCAUCCGAUCUGAAGAGAAGCAUGCCUGUGGAGGGGUGAUUCUCAGCAGCUGGUGGAUCCUGUCUGUCGCCCACUGCUUCACGGAGGAACUUCCUUCAGAUCUCCAUGCAGUGGUCAAAUUCAGUGAGGAUCGGGUAGAGAAAAGGAAGUUGGACAGGGUGAUCAUCCACGAAGACUUUGAUGGGGUGAACCUGAUCAACGACAUUGCUUUGAUCCUGCUGGACUCCCCCAUAGACUUCAACGAGGAGAAGACGCCCAUUUGCCUUCCCUUGCUGCAUGACCUUGGCAUGUGGCAAGACUGUUGGGCUGCCACGUGGAGAUCCACCAUGGCGGGUACUGCAAUUUCUAGUCUUGGGCCAACCGGCGUGCUAAGGAAAGCAGAAAUGACUCUGAUCAGCAGGGAGACUUGCUCCGAGAGGGUCCCGGGGCUGGCUGGGGACGUCUUGUGCGCCGUCUCCGAGGAAAGCACGAAGGAGACCUGCAAGGAUGGCAGCGGGGGGCCUUUGGUCUGCACUUACGGAAACGACGUGAAAUGGUUUGUGGUUGGAAUAGCCAGCCGGGGGGAUGCCUGUGGCGGAAAGGGGAGCCCUGCUGUCUACACGGUGGUCAUCAGCUACCUUGACUGGAUAGAAGAGACAACAGCUGAAGAAGGGAAACCGUUUAUACCCGAAGGGGUGGACGUUGUCAUUGCUCGUUCUGAAAUCCUCAUUCCUGGUUCAGCUUCUGAUCCUCCCUGCCUUUCCGUGGCCAGAGCCCUGGCUGCCGUUCUGACGUCGACACUUUUCCAUUUAUGAUAAAAAACCCUUUGCCUCCCAUCAGUACCCUGUACAUACUCUAUGUUACACUACCUC